CCUCAAUACACUUGGCACAUUCGUAAUUUUACCAGUCUUCUUGCUACAACCCAUGCCGGUUACAAAACCUACAGCCCCCGCUACCUGUCCCCAGAUGGUUACUCAUUUCAGAUUGGUUUGUACAUUAAUGGUGUGACAGACAGCCCAAAUAAAAUGGCAGUCUACUUCCACUUGACAUCUGGACCCUAUGAUGACAAACUCCAAUGGCCAUGUCCAUGGCGACAGGCAUCCAUGGAGCUGAUGGACCAGAAUCCAGACAUCCAACACCGCAUGAACAACAUUAGGAUGAUCACAACAGAUCCACACAAGACCUCCACAGACUCCAAAGGUAAUGUUGAGUAUUUCUGGGACAAUCCACGAAAAGUAGGCAGUCUAGUCACUGACUCAAAUGGCAGUAAAUACUACCGGGGACCAGGUUAUGGUUACAAAAGUUACAUCACACAUGAUCAUCUGAAGAGUCGAAGCUUCAUCAAAGGAGAUGAUGUCUUCCUCUUCUCCCUUAAUGAUGUGACUAGACUUUUGGAGUCGGAAAUCAGAGACUUGCGAUUAGAGGCUGAUGAUCGUAAUGUGGAGAAGGAGCCAAAGAGACAGAUGUAACCCCAGAUGUCCAUUUAAAAGGACAGUGGACUAAAAGAUCCCCAUGACAUCAUGCAGGAGCAUCAUGAAGCCUCAAUUGAGAAAGAAAAAAAGUCUUUCCAGAAUUUGCCAGAUUGGCUUCAUUACUGAGCUUGAGCUGCUGAAUCAUAACUUGCCUUUAAAAUGUCAAAAAAAAAAAAAAAAACAAAAACAAAAAAAACAAAAAACAGCUUGUGUUCAUUGCCUCCUUAAGAUUAAUUUCUUCCUCAUUUGUAAGUCGCUUUGGAUAAAACGUCUGCUAAAUACAUGUAAAUGCAAAAUAAAAGGAAAAA